AUGAGCGAGGCAACAACAUAUAUAAAGGCAGACCUCCAAUUGAGCAAAAAGAAUGAUGAUUUUUGGCUGGCAAUUUUUAAACUAUUCUCCCUUAUUGGGUCGGUACUAGCUGGGUCGACCUCAAAUAGAAUUAGCAGCCGUAUCAAGAUUGUGUUGGGUGCGGACAUCCUCGUUAUCGGUGCGCUCUUCAUGAUCAUUGGGCCCGACUUCUUCUACCUAGUACUUGGCCACCUCAUCAUCAAUAUUGGGGUGGGCUAUGUCCUCACUAUAGCACCUGUCUACAUCGUCGAGAUAUCUCCUACUUUUUAUUGUGGCUUGCUAACGUCUUUUCCAGAGGUUUUCAUGAACAGGGGCACCCUCUUGGCCUACAUCUCCUACUAUUUCUUCUCUAGGAUGAGCACCGAAUUGGCACAGUCUUACCUACUUUGCUUGGGAGGAAUCGCCUUAGGCUUGGUGACUUUUGGGGUUCUCGCCAUGCCAGAAUCCCCUCGGUGGCUUGUUAAGCAAGGCCGUGUGGAGGAUGCGAGGGGCAUCCUUGCACGAAUCUCUGACUCAAAGGAGGAGGCAGCACUUCGGUUCAACGAGAUCAUUAGCCAAACCAAUGGGGAAGGCAUGUGGCAGGCUAUCAUCCACCCAACCCAAUCGAUCCUACACAUGAGCCUUUGUGUGUUUGGAAUCUGCCUCUUCCAAAAAGUUUCUGGAAUUGACACCAUUCUUCUCUAUAGCGCUCACAUUUUCGAGCAAAUUUGGAUUGUCAACUACACCGAACAGCUCCUCCCGCUCAUAUUAGUUGAUUUUGUGAAGACAAUGUUCACCUUGGUCUGUGCCUUUAACCUUGAUCAAGUCGGGUGGCGACAGUUGAUGCUCAUCAGCAUUGGCGGGAUGAUUUUGUCACUUGCCUCCCUCAGUGUAUGCCUCACUAUCAUCCACUAG